AGUAAGACCAAUUCUUUAUAUUACACGUUUGGGUAUUGAAAUGAAUAUGUCAAAAGUCAUAACAAUAAACCCUUGAAAUUCCCACGUUACCCUCGUCAUCCCAGCAAAAUUCCAUCUUGGAAGAUAAAAUCCAGCAAUCGGACAAGGGAAGGCAAUGUCGUUCCGUGAAAUGUGAGGGGUAGUUUCCAUUCAUAAUUGUUAAACAAAACUGAGAAAAUUCUUCCCUUGAAUCUCUCGGGUUCAUGCGCAGCCUCCUGUCCAAUCUCCCUACUCGAUACCGCUUCAGUCUCUUCUCGGGAUUGCUCACUCUGCUGGACUACUUCACGUUUGGUUCUUAAUCCAACAUCGCAACGCGCUGCGCAGGUUCAGGUUCUUGAUUGCGUCAAAGUAAAUGGCAUCUAGGAGAAAUUUACGGUACAGUCAGCUUCCUGGUGAUGAAGAUGGUCAAUAUGAUGUUAACAGUAGAGGGAGAAAAUAUGACCCUCGUUUUGAUUACACCCCAAAGUCACUCGAUAGAAUCCCAUGGAAAUCCAUUGCCCUUGCAGUUUUCUUGCUUGUUCUUGGAUGUUUUCUCCUCUUCCUUUCCUUCUUCAUCUUUACUGGUCACAUGGGUGGAGAAAACUCUCAGGCUUCUGGACUUCUAGCCCUUGGAAUUCUCACGUUUCUUCCAGGUUUUUAUGAGACUCGGAUAGCAUAUUAUUCAUGGAGAGGUGCUGCAGGAUAUCACUUUGCUUCGAUUCCUUCUUACUGAUGCAUUUGCCUUCAUUAUGUUAUUCUGAUAUAGGGUUUACCAAUUUUGUGUAGAACACAUCAGUUCUCACUCAAAGUUGGAUAGAACUGGGGAACUUUUUGACUGGGAAUUUUAAGGAGAAUCAUAGAAUGUAUUAGUUAUGUGGAACUUUUACUGAGAGACCUGAAACAUCUGUAUAGAAAAUCAUGUCUCUAUAAAUUGGUUGUUCUUUCAAGCAUAAGCAUCUUGCAUUUUC